AUGCAGCCUAAGUUUCGUGUAGAGGUCGUCAGUGACGACGACUUCCCCGAGCUGAUCAGGGCGCUCUGGGAGGCCUUUGAGAAUCCCUACCAGGGCAUCGUCCGCCUAUUCUUCCCCAUCCACAACAAUGAUCGCGAGGGCAGUCUGAAGGCGUGUAUCCAGGGUCAACUGGAAGAGUACCACCAGCAGCAGCCGCACGUCACCUGGAUCAAAAUCGUGGAUACGGAAGCCAACAAGAUCGCCGCCGCCGCCAAAUGGUACUUUUACCGGGAGAAUCCCUACGCGAAACAGGAGGGACCGAUCGUGGCGGAGUGGUUUCCAGAGGGACUGACGAGGGAGUUUGCGACGGAGGCAGUCAGGCAGUUUGAGCAUCCGCGGGAACAGAUGGCUCGACGACCCCAUGCUUUUCUACACAUUGCAUUCGCCCUCCCCGAGUACCGCGGCCAAGGGCUCGGCCAUCUCUUCAUGAGAUGGGGCGUGGGAAAGGCAGACGCGAUGGGCUUGGAAGCCUGGCUGGACGCAUCCGAGUUUGGAGAGCCCCUUUACAAGAAGUAUGGCUUUCGCAAGGUUCUCUUCAACAGCGUGAAGCCGAUCCCAUCGCGCCAGCUGUCCGACGAGGAGCAAAAGGAAUGGACACACUGCGAGCAGACUUUCUUGCCCAUUAAUGCGACGGUGAUGUGGCGUCCUAUUGUAGGCAAAUAUGUCGAGGGAGAUACGCCAAUGCCAUGGAACGAUGAGAUGGACCAGGACUAG